AUGGUACAGCUCCCCAACUCAUUUCGGUUAGGUCUAUCUUACAAGGUGCUUUAUUGUGCACUUGUUCGACCUAUAGUUGAGUAUGGUGCAGUUAUUUGGGAUCCGCAUGAUCUCAAUGACUCUCUUAGGCUUGAAAGGGUUCAGCGUAAAUUUAUGAGGUAUGAUAGUUUUAGGUUGAAUAUCCCCUGUGAGCCCCACAACUAUGGACCAGUUGCUUCUCAACUAGGGCUGGUUUCGCUAGCUGAGCGUAGACGGAUCUCGGGCAUUAAGUUCCUGAAUAGUUUAUUACAAGGUGAUAUUGACUCUCCCUAUUUACUUUCCUUAAUUUGUUUUAAAGUUCCUCAACGUCAUUCCCGAUCUGUUGCUCCUUUUUAUGUUCCAUUCGCCUCCACUAAUUACCUUAAAAAUGAGCCUAUUACACGCAUGAUGUCAAAUGCCAAUGUUGACCCUUCGUUUCUUUUUUGCAAAUAA